UAAAACAGAGAGUUUAAAACAGAGAGAGUUUAAAACAGAGAGAGUUUAAAACAGAGAGACUUUAAAACAGAGAGAGUUUAAAACAGAGAGACUUUAAAACAGAGAGAGUUUAAAACAGAGAGUUUAAAACAGAGACUUUAAAACAGAGACUUUAAAACAGAGAGAGUUUAAAACAGAGAGACUUUAAAACAGAGAGACUUUAAAACAGAGAGACUUUAAAACAGAGAGACUUUAAAACAGAGAGUUUAAAACAGAGACUUUAAAACAGAGACUUUAAAACAGAGAGAGUUUAAAACAGAGAGAGUUUAAAACAGAGAGACUUUAAAACAGAGAGACUUUAAAACAGAGAGACUUUAAAACAGAGAGACUUUAAAACAGAGAGACUUUAAAACAGAGACUUUGAGCCGGAGAGAUAUCAUAUCAGGGGGACUUUAAACCAGAGACACUUUUAACCAAAAAGAUUUAACCAGAGACUUUAAAACAGAGAGAGACUGAUCUCCAACUUAAAGAACAUUUAACCAGGAAACUCACACUAUCUUCCAUGGGUUCUGCUCCUCAUAACUUCUCGUGGGUGGACCCGGGUAAGGUGGCGGGCCUGGCUUUCCCCCGGUACCCGGCUGAGUACAACUUCCUUGUGGCCAACGGGAUCCAGCACCUGGUUUCUUUGACGGAGCGAAGUCCACCGAACCUGGACAGCUGCCCCCGGCUGACCCCACACAGACUGAAGAUCGUAGACUUCACCCCGCCCUCGCCCGCACAGAUUGACCACUUCCUCAGCAUCGUGGAGAACGCCAACACCAAAGGAGAGGGCGUGGCUGUUCACUGCAUGCACGGCUUCGGCAGGACGGGCACCAUGUUGGCGUGUUACCUCAUCAAAACCAGGAAAAUCUCCGGGAUCGACGCCAUAAAUGAGAUCAGGAGGCUCCGCCCAGGAUCCAUCGAGACGCACGAGCAGGAGAAGGCUGUGGUGCAGUUUUACCAGAGAACCAAGACUUAAACUUCACA